UUGGUUGAUAUACCAUGUAAAGUAUGUCAAGAUCAUUCUUCGGGUAAACAUUAUGGCAUUUAUGCUUGUGAUGGUUGUGCCGGGUUUUUCAAGCGUUCUAUCAGAAAGAGUCGACACUAUAUUUGUAAAUCCCGUGGACAGGGGACAUGUCCUGUAGACAAAACACAUAGAAAUCAGUGUCGUGCUUGUCGAUUAAAGAAAUGUGAAGAAGCCGGUAUGAAUAAAGAUGCUGUACAACAUGAACGAGGCCCACGAAAUUCAACCAUUAGAAGACAGGUUGCUAUGUAUUUAAAAGAAACGAGCGAAAUGGGUGGAUUGAUAGCGUCUCAUCCUUUUAGAAAUCCUCUAUUACCACCAGGUUUUGUUGGUUAUGAUCAACCUAUCAAUGAUGGUAUCACAUAUCCUCAUGAGAUGAUGCAAGCUUAUCUGAAUAAUCCGGAAACUAUUUGUGAAGCGGCUGCCAGGUUGCUUUUUAUGAGUGUUAAAUGGGCGAAAACAGUGCCAGCUUUUCUAAGUCUUCCUUUCCGAGAUCAAGUGAUAUUAGUUGAAGAGGCAUGGAGAGAAUUGUUUGUUUUGGGUGCCGCCCAAUUUCAGAUACCUCUUGAAGCCGGUCCGCUUUUAACUUCAGCGGGUAUAAGUACAGAACAGUCACCACCAGAGAAAGUUGUUAGCAUUAUGACAGAAAUCAGGGCAUUACAAGAGGUUAUCACCAAGUUUAAGGCUAUACAAGUCGAUCCUACAGAAUAUGCUUGUCUCAAAGGCAUUGUGUUAUUUAAAACAGUAUUUGCAAGUAGUACAACUGAAAUGAAAACGUUGCGAGAAUUCCACACCGUUGCUACAUUACAAGAUCAAGCCCAAUUAACAUUAAAUCAUUAUAUACGAACUGCUUACCCGUCACAGCCAUUUCGUUUCGGCAAAUUACUGUUACUAUUACCAUCAUUACGAUCCAUAUCAGGACAAACCAUAGAGGAAAUAUUCUUCCGAAAAACUAUAGGAUCGAUACCAAUAGAACGGUUAUUAGUGGACAUGUUUAAAUCUAGUGACUUCUAG